CGCGCCAAAUUGGAAAUCACCCUGGUAAAAGAAAAACCCUAAAACGGGUUCUCGUUGAAACAUCAAAAUCCAAUCAUUUGAAUUAUUUUACUUAUUUUAGUUUUAAAUUUAUUUUAUUCUUCGUAUUUGUUUUCUUCUGUUUAACCAUCUCUUUGAUGAAUUUUGGGAUCUUUCUGUAAUUGAAAAUCAGUGAUUGAUAGGAAGAAACCCAAAAUCUUGAUUUUUAGCCGGCUAAUCUUUAUCAGUUAAUUCAUGAUUUUAGCCGGCUAAUCAAUCAGAUAAACUGUGUAUAUUUAGUCGUCUUGAUUGGUUGGUAAGAGUGAGUGAUAGAAUUUGAGAGAGUGAUGGAUGAUUCGAUGAAUUCUCACCGCGACGAAGAAGCUCCGUUGGUUGUUUCUGAUGGGAAGAAGACGAAUUCAUCAUUGAAGAAUCAUACAAGAGAUGUACAUAUUUUGAGUUCUUCUUUCUUGUUGAUUUUCCUGGCUUAUGGAGCUGCUCAGAAUCUCCAGAGUACUGUUAAUACUGCGCAAGAUUUGGGGACUACAACAUUGGGGAUUUUGUAUGUAUCGUUUACUUUUUUCUCGUUAUUUGCAUCCACUACAGUUAGGAUGUUGGGGUCGUCGAAGAAUGCUUUGAUUCUGGGUAGUACUGGAUAUUGGUUAUAUGUGGCUGCCAAUUUGAUACCGUCUUGGUACUCAAUGGUUCCUGCAGCUUUAUACCUUGGUUUCUGUGCUUCAAUUAUCUGGGUUGGAGAGGGAACUUAUCUCACUUCUACUGCACGAAGCCAUGCCAAAGAUUACCAGUUGCAUGAAGGAACGAUCAUUGGAAGCUUCAAUGGAGUAUUUUUUGGAUACUUUGCAAGUCACCAGUUUGUUGGAAAUCUGAUCUCGCUAGCUUUGUUGAAAGAUGGCGAGGAAGGAACUACAAGUGGAACUACCUUAUUGUUUGUAGUCUUCCUCGGAUUUUUGACAUUAGGUUCCAUACUGCUGUGCUUCUUGAACAAAAGAGACAAUGAAGGACUAGAUCUCUUAACACCAAAAGCUUCUCCCAGUUUCUGUGAAUCUGUGUUUUUUCUCUGGGAUCUGGUUGUGGCUCCUUUACUUGACAAGAGAAUGCUGUUAAUUAUCCCACUAAUUGCGUAUUCAGGCUUACAACAAGCUUUCGUGUGGGCUGAGUUCACUAAGGAGAUUGUCAAACCAGCACUAGGUGUGUCAGGUGUGGGCGGUUCAAUGGCAUUGUAUGGAGUUUUUGGUGCAAUUAGUUCAUUGGUUGCUGGGAGAUUCACAUCGGGUCUCUCCUCAAUUACACUGAUUACUGCAUCUGGAGCUUUUGUUCAGCUUGUUGUCCUUUUAUGGAUUCUGUUGGGUUACAGUGCUUCUUCUGGUUUUCUUGGUUAUGUUUACCCACUUCUUAUGGCAGCCAUGUUGGGAGUUGGAGACUCAGUAUUCAAUACACAGCUGAAUGCAUUGCUUGGAAUCCUUUUCAAAAAUGACACGGAAGGUGCAUUUGCUCAGCUCAAAGUCUGGCAGAGCGCAUCAAUUGCAGUCGUGUUCUUCUUGUAUCCGCACAUCACAUUGCAGGCAAUGAUAAUUAUUAUGAUAGCUGCUCUUAUCCUCGCCGUGGUUUGUUUUCUCUUUCUCACUCUGCAUUUAGAGAAAGCUUUUUCAUCAUCUCGGUCUUUGUCUUAGUAUCUCGAUAACAUAAUGCUUCAAUGCCAAAAAAAAGUGUGUUGUCAUGUGCGUCACUAAGAAGAAUCUUUUUAUGUUUUUAUCCUUCGAGAUUCAAGUGGCUGUGUUUCCUUGUUCUGUCAUGUAAGAAAACAAAUCAAAACCAGAAAAACAAGAAAAGAAAGAAUUGUUUUGUUUGCC